AUGUGGCUCCAGGGCCUGCAGAUGGCCUCAGUGUAUGUGGUGUCAGUGCAGACGGUGGCCUACUGGGGUCAGAAGAGGCUGAAGAGCACCAGAGCUCAUGUUGUCUUCACCACUCUCACUCAAACAGUUGGUGUGCGUGACGUCAGUUGGUGUGUGUGUCGUCAGUUGGUGUGCGUGACGUCAGUUGGUGUGUGUGACGUCAGUUGGUGUGUGUGUCGUCAGUUGUUGGUGUGCGUGACGUCAGUUGGUGUGUGUGACGUCAGUUGGUGUGUGUGUCGUCAGUUGGUGUGUGUGACGUCAGUUGUUGGUGUGUGUGACGUCAGUUGGUGUGUGUGUCGUCAGUUGGUGUGUGUGAUGUCAGUUGGUGUGUGUGACGUCAGUUGGUGUGUGUGUCGUCAGUUGGUGUGUGUGUCGUCAGUUGGUGUGUGUGACGUCAGUUGGUGUGCGUGA